AAUGAAUACAUGAUCUUUCCUAGAAGCUUGCAUUCCUCGUUUUUGGUGAGGCAUAAGGUAAGAAGCCUUGUUUCUUCUCUGGUGUGUGUGUAUAUAUAUCGGUGACUGCCUGUUUCAACCAAGAACCCUCCCUCCUUCCCUCUCUCUUUCUCUCUACUCAAAAGAAUUAUAGUGUAGGUGUUCCUUUGCAGGCACUGCUUAGUUCCCCAGAGCCGCUUAAGUUUGCUUCCCAACCGGCAGCCUCCAGAAAUGGGAGGAGAAUUUUUGCUCAAGAUCUGGGUCAACGCUCUCAAGGACUUUCAUUACGAUGUGGAGGAUUUGCUUGAUGAGUACUCCAUCGAAACUCCACAGUGUAGGUGGAGCACAGAAUGUCAAGAAAGCACUGCCGAGGUUUAAGGCAAAUUUUAUGUCGGUUCUGCAAGCUGCUCACUCACUACAGCAGGAAAACUAUUGAAGCCUGAGCAUGAUACACAAUGAAUGUGCAACUAGCUGUAACUGUCGUUUUAGGAAUACAAGUAUCGACGAAAAAGAGAUGACGAUUUCUAAUUGUCGGGGAAAAGAAGCCAGGGAGGGCGAUCCGAUCAAGCAGUGUCGCUGAUCAGUAACGCUGAUAGAGGUGUAAACUGCACUGGGCUUAGCCGCCUAAGGUAAACUAAUGGCCCGUACAAGUAAAACCCGUACGCUUACUUAAACGCUGCGUUUUGACAUUGUCGUUAUCAUCUCGCAGUUUUUCUUUUUCUUCUUUUUAACACAAUCCCUCUCUUUUCUCUCUGCCUUACCGUUUACCGCCUUAGCGGGGGAAAAACAUGGGACCCAGCCCGUCGGCCGGUUCGUCGGCGAGGAGGAAGAGAAGCGGCGUGAGCGGUGGAACAAGAAUGGAGAGGCUGGACCACGAUAUCCUGUGUAUCAUCUUCUCCUUCCUGAACGUCUUCGACCUCGCUCGCUGCACCGCCGUCUGCAAAUCCUGGAAUGCAGUUGUUAAAAAAUCCGAGUUAUUGCAAGCGUUGUAUUUCAAGCUGCGGCGAGAUUCCAUGGACAAUAUUUCUACUGAGUCUAAUUCUUCACGGCAGUCAUGGCAAUUAGGCCUAGAAGAAGCAGCCAUGAAGCAUCAUAGCUUAUCUUUACGACGAGGUCGUAUUGAUAUUCAUCAGUGGAAAGCUCAUUCUGUCGGGGUUGAUCAGUGCCGGAUGAAGAUGGGCUUACUUCUCACUGGUGUUGGUGACAAGGUUAUGCGUCUUUGGUCAUUGAGCGGCUACAAUUGUGUGGGAGAAUAUUACAUCCCUGAUAGUGCCCCUGUAGUUGACUUUGAUUUCGACGAGACCAAGAUUGUUGGUUUGCUUGGUACUCGUGUAGGCAUAUGGAGACGCAAUGGGAAAAGAAGUAUAUUUCCCUCAUGUGAAGGCACAUUCUCAAAAGGUUUAUGCAUGCGGUACACAGAUCCAGAGGCUGUCAUUGGAUGUGAGGAUGGAACUGUUCGGGCAUUUGACAUGUAUAGUAGGACAUGUUCUCGAAUUAUUAAGAUGCAUGCUGGGCCUGUAACAUGCUUAUCUCUGAGUGAUGACCAUUUGAUUCUCAGUGGAAGCUCUCUGGGUAGUGUCUCAAUAUCCAACCUCUCAUCCGAUCAGCGGGUAGCUACACUAAGGUCAACCAAUUCGGGAGGCAUAAGGACCCUGUGUUUCAACCCUUCUUCUCUUUUAGUGUUUGCUGGGACAACAAUUGGAUAUACACAUUGUUGGGACCUUAGGACCAUGAAAUCUUUAUGGGAGACAAGAAUAAGUCCAAAUGUUCUGUAUUCUAUGCAACAUUUGCAGAACGAUACAUCAACUUUAGCUGUUGGUGGAAUAGAUGGUGUGCUUCGUGUUUUGGAUCAGAACACUGGAGUUCUUUCAAGUUGCAUCAUCGGUGAUGACAGGCCAAUGGAUUCCUCUAAAAAUACAAAUGUUUUCAUCAAAGAAAAGAAAGGAAUUAGGCUCUCCGAAGAUGCCCGAAUCGAUAAGAUCCCUAGAACUGCUCGACCGCCCAUCACAUGCUUGGCUGUUGGGAUGAAAAAGGUUGUCACUGCACAUAAUAUCAAUUACAUUAGGAUGUGGAAGUUCAAUGUGUAACAAGUUAUUUAGAUGGUUAUUCUCAUUGACCAUAAUUGUAUUAUCAUAUUAGUUGUUUAUACUGCUAUUUAGAUGGUUAUUUUGAUCUCUAUUAGAAUGUUCAGCUCGCCUCGACC